AUGGCGGGCUCCUUAACGUGGUCGUGCACUUGUUGUUUGAGAUUCAAAUUCAGUCCUGAAGAGAUUGAGCAGAGGUACAAGAGUCAGGAGAUUGAUAGGAUGCUUGAGAAGGAUAGACAGGCAUUCAGGAGACAGGUCAAGCUACUGUUACUCGGUGCUGGUGAAAGUGGUAAAUCAACGUUUCUCAAACAGAUGCGAAUUAUUCAUGGUAUCAAGUUUGAACCGGAGUUAGUCAAAGAAUAUCAACAUGUCAUAUACCAGAACAUAAUAAAAGGUAUGAAAGUGCUAGUUGAUGCGCGUGAUAAGCUGAAUAUACCAUGGGAAAAUCCAAAGAAUUAUGACAUCGGAUAUCAGCUGCUGAAAUUUGAAAAUACAAUAAUACUAGAUGCACGAUUAUUUAUGCAUUAUGUGCCCUCAUUGGAGAGUUUGUGGCGUGAUGCGUCGAUCAGGAAGGCAUUCGACCGGAGAAGAGAGUUCCAACUGAGCGACUCUGUGCAGUAUUUUCUUGAUCAUUUGGACCGAAUCGCAAGAACGGAAUAUGUGCCAACGCAUCAAGAUAUAUUGCAUUGCAGGAAGGCAACGAAAGGAAUUUCUGAAUUUGUUAUUCCGAUAAAUAAUAUACCAUUUCUGUUUGUCGAUGUGGGAGGACAACGAUCGCAGAGGCAAAAGUGGUAUCAAUGUUUCGACUGUGUUACAUCGAUUCUUUUUCUCGUUUCAUCAUCAGAAUUCGAUCAAGUUUUAUUGGAGGACAGGAGAACUAAUAGACUUGAAGAAUCGAGAAACAUCUUCGACACGAUAGUGAACAACAUGAUAUUCGGUGGUGUAUCCAUUAUUCUUUUUCUCAACAAAACUGAUCUACUUGAGAAGAAAGUCAAAUCGUCAGACACUAAUGUAAGUUGGUAUUUUCCCCAAUUUAACGGUGAUUCACAUUCCAUUAAAGACGUACAGAGCUUUAUACUCAAUAUGUUUAUUUCUGUUAAACGUGAUCCACGUAAAUCUCUAUUUCAUCAUUUUACUACAGCCGUUGAUACAGAGAAUAUUAAGGUUGUGUUCAAUGCUGUUAAGGAUACAAUUUUACACAGGAAUUUGGAGUCACUCAUGUUACAAUAAAUUCGAAUCACGUCAAACAUGAGAAAAAUAAAUAUAUUAUCCUGUUAAGUGGAGAGGAAAAAUGAUGAAACAUUGAAAUUUCGUACCGAAAAUAAAUUUUUUCCUUCAUUCCACGCAAUCUAUCAAUACUUGAAUGUGGGGACUUUUCUACGUAAAUUGUUGCAAUAUUGAGUGUCGAAUAAUCAUUGAUGAAUCAAACAUUCUGAGAAAAACAACUAAAGUACGAAAUAAAAUAUGUAUCUAAAUAAUUCCCUGUGCCCAGAUUUUGUACGUAAUCUGGAUAGUUCUGUAAUUAAUGAACAAAAAAAGAGCCACAACUGCCGGAUCCAUUUUGCAUACUCGCGUAUUUGCGUGUAACAUAGAUAAUUCAGUGUGGAAGUAGAGAAAGGAACAGCGCAACGAAUUUUGGAUGGAUUUUUUUUGUAAAAAUGUACUUGACACAAAUGCAGAAUUUUUUGCGACAUAAGUAUCUGCUACACACAAUGGAGUCUUCUUUUUUUUAUCUUCAAUAUUUUGUACUAAGAUCUUGUCUAUAGAAAAUUAUACUUUUCACAUUCUAAUCUGAAUGAACAUACAUCGAAUUCACAAGACACUGGCAAAAAUAAUAAAUAAGAAAAUUGGUAGGGGCAAUGCAAUAUGCACCCUUCGCAUGAAUCCAAGAAAAAUAAAGUUUAUCUGAUUUGAAAGAUUUUAUUUUUUCUUCGAACUGCACAUCUUGCAAUUGUACCUGUCCAAGCCUGCUCGGCUUUUAGCUGGAGCUUUGAGAUUAUUUUUCUAAUAUUCGCAGAUUAACAUUUUCAUUACACUGCGGGACUUUGAAUGUUUAUGGACAAACGUACUGUGUCACCAGUUAGCAUUUAUUCAAGAAAAGAAAAGGCUCUAUUGUGUGUAAUCACUUAUUUCGUGGAGAAGUGUCAAAUAUGUUUCUAGUAAAUAUCUGUUGGGACUUGGGAGCUCUGGGGGAAAUGCCAAUAGACUUUUUUCAUAGUGCAAAAUUGCUCUGAAUCUUUGGCCAUUUUUCUCUGAGCUUCGUUCAGUAACAUUGACAAAAUAAACUUUCAAUUCGUUUUGCACUGCUCCUUUACUAAUUUUUUCAUUGAAUUCAAUCAUCGAGAACAAAGUUCGCUUUUGUUUAUCUUGGAAUUAAUAGAAAGAGACUCCUGUAAAUAAUCGAUUAUCAUUUUUCCAUUUUUAUGUUGUCAAUAAUUAUUGAAAAUUGCAUAUUUAUUUGAGAAAGAUUAAUUUUUCAAUUAAGUCGUUGAUUAAUUAGUUUAGGGAACAGAUGCAGCUCGAAUAUUUUUUUCUCAUGUUUAACUUUUACAUAAAUAGAAUAAAUAAUUGAUAGUUUGAUCGUGUUAUAAGAUCAAAUCGAAAGAAAAAAAAUUAAUGGAAUGUUUAAUUUAUUUUUCUGUAAUCGAAUAUAUUUUUUUAAAUCAUUAAUUAAUUAAUUAUCCGUUGAUUUAUUAUUGAUGUUAACAAGAGAAAGAAACCAAAUACUAGAACCAUGCCAUAAGAACCAAAUGAAAGAAAAAAAAAUUGAAAAUGGAAAAUGUGCAGUAAACCAGUUUUGUGUUCAUUUGAUUCUGAUGAACAUUAAUUUCAUUGUUAAUUUAUGUCAAUAAGAUUUCCUCAUAAGUCAAAUUUUUUUCUCCGUAACUUCUAUGAACGAGAUGAUUAAAUAAUCAAUCAGAUAACAACGAAACAAUGAAAGUAAUCCAAUAAUUCCGAGAGGUUGAAUUGAAAAAUAAAAUUCUUGAUUAGACAGGCAGAUUCAUUCGCUCAAAUUCAUAAUUCAUCAAAAUUAUAAAAAUAAUUGAAUCAGUAUUAUGAGGCUCGUUUAUUCUCGUUCUUUUUGCAAUUCAUUCAUUAUUGCUCGACUUAAUUUUUUAGGCGAAAAAUGAUCGACCAGAAUAAUUCGUUCUUUUCACUCGUCUCGCUUUAGAACACCACUCUACUAAAAUAUUUUUUGCAUGAUUCAUUCAUUUUCUGAUUAUGUGCCAACCAAUUGAAAAAAAAUUAAAGAGUUCUUAUUCAUCAAAUAACUUUCUUGAGCCUGUGGAAUGAACACCGGAAAAAUUGAAUCAUUUUCUUCCAGAGAAAUCGUAAGAUUAAUUGAUUGAGAAAUUAAAAUGAGGACAUUUUUUCAUAAUGAGAUAUUGAAUAAAGAUAGAUAUAUUUUUUACAUUCCUAAGGAGCUUUUUGAUCUGGCUGAGAAUUUUUUUAAUGAAUAACCACAAUUUUUAUAGACAUUUUUUCUGAUAAUUCGAGUGAUACUCAAUGUGUAUUCAAAAAAUAGCAAUUUAGGAGUAGAAACAAAAUUUUUUAAAUAACAACAAGAAAUAGAAAGACUUUUUGAUGAAAAUUGGAGAAAUUUUAUAAAGAUUUUACACUUUUGCAUGUAACACAUAAUGUAUACGUAAUAACACGCCCAAUUUUUUUCGGAAGUAUUUAGAUAAUUACAGUAAAAUGCCUUAUUUCUAUAGUAUUUGUUUUCAUUUAUUGUGGAUUUUUAUACAUAAAAAAUGAAUAAAACGGAGUGAAAAUCAUAGUGAAGUGAAAAUACAGUAAUCAACUAGCGAUGAGAAGGAAUGAAAGCUUUUAGCUUUGUAUACGAGCAUAUUCUUCAUUUUGUCAUCAAAACAAUUUGUAAUUUCUUUCCUUUCUUACGUAUAUGAACUGAAGUAUGUAGAUAUAUUGUGCCUUUUGUAUAUUGUAUAUUUGUAUAUAAAAAUAUUGUAUUAAUUGUAGGUGAUAAAGACGACGAAUAAACACUUUAUAAAACUUA